UUUUUUCUUUUGCCUCCGGGUGUUAUAUAUGUAUGUGUAUCAGUAUAUGUAUAUAUAUUGGCUUGUGUGAGAACAAGUCAGGAACAUGAUUGCAUGCAUAAAAGAAAACAAAUGUUGAUGUUCAUGCUUCCUUGUUAUUUUACACUGCCGACACCAACGCAUGCAAACACAUAUCUCCAUAUGAAUCAAAUAUGAAUUCGUGUCGGACAAUUGAUACUCGGAUAUGAGUAUUGACACUCCGAUACUUAUUAUUUUACAUCACACUCGGAUUGUCCGUAUUCAUGUUAGACAGUUUUAACGGAGUCCAGAUAACAUAGCUUUAUAAUCGAUACUCGGACACGUAUCCAUGUUAGGCCUUUUGAUAUGAACGGGUGAGGUUCACGUUCACCCAGUGAUCCUCUAUCAGUUUGAGAGAGACUUAAAGACAUGAUUACUUUUCAGUUAGCAGUAUGUACAAGGUAAUGUGAUGGCCACAUUACAAUUUCCGAAUCAUCAAAUUUCAUUGUAAGCCCGAUUUGAUAUAGACAUCUAUGGUAACUAUUGAUCAACAUGUUCUAUACAUACCACGCAUAAAUGUGGUAAUGGAAUGUAGCUAUUGAAUCCACUAUCCAAAAAAGUGUGUCUGCAAGAUUCUCUGCUUUCUCACUUAACAUUUACAUGGAAAUAUUGUUUCAGUUUUUCCUUUCAACAGUUGGAUUCUAAAGUAGUUGAUACUGUACCAUAUUUGGACAAUACCUAAAUGUCACAAACACAUAUGUCCAUCUUUUGUAGUAGCACUGUAUGAAUACGUGCAUAAGCUCAGUGGCGGAAUCAGGAUUUCAAAAUAGCGGUCUGGACUCGUCUAAAUAUUUUAGUCAGGACUAAUAAUUUCCUUCUCACUAGUGUUUUUAAGUCGUGAUUAAAAAUUAAGGUGUUGGAGCGGGGUCAGCCCAAGCCUGGUUCCGCGAGUUCAAGGUGAACAUCAUUUGUUUGUGACAGGGGAAUCUUACCCGCUACUGAUUGGUUUCAGUUACAAGUUGUGGUCAACCAGUCAACCUAGUUAAUUAUAUAAAGCAUGUUAUUUGGUGUUUUUAGUUGCUUUCUUCCUGGAAAUAUAAUUAAGGUGUGGUUAAGGAAUAAUUAGGACAGUAGGUGGAGUAAUUAUAUAAGUGGAAUGUGUGUCUCAGUGUCUGUGUAAUGUAUUGACACUGAAAGCUCCCAAGUGCAUUACAGCAGAGAAGUGGAUGAGACUUGUUAUAAUUCAUCUCCUCGGACUGAUUAAAGGAUAGUUUGUGUGGGGCUCCAACCAUGAUGAAGUUAAUCUUAAGGACAAAAGUUCAAGUGCAUGCUUAAUGUAGUUGUUGGUGUUUCAAGAAGAUCAGUAGAAUAGCCUAAAACGAUGAAGUUCAUGAAACUGGGAACAAGACCAGAUGCAUUCUACACAGAAGAAGCAGCCAGGAAGAUAACUUCAGAUAUACCAAGCAAUCUCACAGUACUGAUUGACGACAUCAGUUAUCAUGUCCAUACGCUGCAGUUUGUGCUUCUUCCAAAGUGUGGCCUUCUACAACGACUCUGUUCAUCACAUGCCAGAGAUUCUGACAAUGUCAUGGUACUGGAGCUUCAUGAGAUCCCUGGAGGGGUAGAUGCUUUCGAGCUGUGUGCCAAGUUUUGCUAUGGAAUCACGACCAAUUUUAGUGCACACAACAUUGUUUCUGCACUUUGUGCUGCUCACUUUCUUCAAAUGACUGAAUCAGUUGAAAAAGGAAAUUUUGCUUUAAAACUCGAGAUAUUUUUCAGUUCAUGUAUUCUUGAAGGCUGGAAAGAUUCAAUUGUCGUUCUGCAGACUACUGGAAGGUUGUCAGAGUGGUCAGAAAACCUUGGAAUCAUCAGAAGGUGCAUCGAUUCUAUUGUGGACAAAAUACUGACACCGCCAUCGAAGGUCACAUGGCCCUAUACUUAUACCAGACCAGGGUAUUCAGAAAAGAGGCACCAGAAUGUCCCUAAGGAUUGGUGGACUGAGGACAUAAGUGAGGUUGACAUAGAUUUGUUCAGAUGCAUUAUAACGACAGUAAGGUCAGCAAAUAUGCUGCCUCUACAACUAAUUGGCGAGGCUUUGCAUGUCUAUGCCUGCUGUUGGCUACCAGAUAUUAAAAAAAUUAAUCCUACAGCAACUUCAAAUUCUCAAAGUGAAGAAUCUUUAGAUAGAAAAAGAAGAAUACUUGUAAGCAUUGCGAGCAUGAUUCCAGAACAGAGAGGAUCUGUUUCAGUUGGAUUCCUGCUCAGGCUCUCAAGUAUGGUAAAGUUUCUUGGAGUUUCUCCAGCAAUAAAGGCAGAACUUAUAAAGAGGUCAAGCCUUCAGCUCGAGGAUGCAGCAUUGGAUGAUUUGUUGCUACCAUCCCACUCUCCUUCUGCAGAAGAUACACACUUUUAUGACAUUAACUUGGUUGGAGCGGUAUUAGAGAGUUACUUGAGGGAAUGGAAGAGACAAUGUAAUGCAGGAAGUACACGAUAUCAAAGAUCAAUUACGAAGGUUGGAAAACUCAUUGAUUUAUAUCUACAGCUAAUAGCAAGAGAUGUAAACACACCAGUACAGAAGUUCUUGUGGCUUGCAGAAGCGCUACCUGAAAUUUCAAGGCCCAACCAUGAUGAACUUUACAAGGCCAUUAACAUUUAUCUAGAGGAGCAUCCUGAGCUAAGCAAGCAGGAGAAGAAGAAAUUAUGUCGCAUCUUAGACUGCCAGAGAUUGUCACCGGAGGUAUGUGCUCAUGCUGUUAAAAAUGAGCGGCUGCCAUUAAGAACAGUUGUGCAACUUUUAUUCUUUGAACAAGAGAGAGCUGGCAUGGCAACAAGUAGUGACAAUAUCAAAAAGCAAGAGGAGGACGAGCAGGAGCUUCGUCCUCCUACUGCUGCAAGACAACAAACACCAGCCUCUGCCUCCGCAGCACAUGAAUUAAGCAAAUUGAAAUUGGGCCCCUCGAGAAAACUCAGUGAAGUGGAGAGCACUAGAAGUAGUACUCCUGGCAUCAGGAAGGCAAGUGAAAAGCUCCUAGAACACAGUACUUCAGGGAAGGUCACUGCAAGAAGUAGUAAAACUCCUGGCACUGGUGAAAAAAGUGAACAUCAGAAAAUGAGAAUCCGGGAUCAGAGGUUGCCAGUUGAACUUAAAGAGAAGAUGAUCAUAGAACAAGUCCAAGAAAGAAACGUAGAGAUCGGACAAGGAACUCAUGGUAAUGGAUUUGAACCCAAGAAGACAAUGCCUAGAAGACAGAGAUAACUAUGUUGAUCAAUGCAUCUGCAGUUGGAUGAAUGCUGACGUUCGCCAGAAGAAAGGACAAGUCAUUAAGCAUGCACAAUAAUCUGCGUAACCUUCUAAAUAGCAUUUCAAAAGUAGAGAAACAUAUAUAGUAGAUUUAUGUUAUAUGCUUAAACAUACAUGUAUCUGGAAAAUAUUUGUUUUACUCUCUA